AAGACAAGAGGGAAGAGACACCGCAACAUGAGUGAAGAUCGAGAAAGUAAAAGCUCUAAGAGAGAGGAAGAUGCUGGAACCAGGUGCCAGCAGUAUGAACAAACUCAAGACGAUUGCAGGGACAGGAUUGCCGAGAUGAAAAAAGAAUGCGGCGAGAAACUUGAUAAGGCAAACGAAGACUCUAAGACAGACAAAGGAGGAAACUCCAGCUGCCAGCGGUGUGAACAAUCUGAACUGGACCACAAGAAAAGUAUGACUGAAAUGGAUAUUCAUUACAAAACUCAACUUGAAAAGGAAAGACAGACCCUGAGACGAAAAGAGGAAGAAUUUCAGUCAUUCAAAGACAGGGUGGCGAGAGAGCUUGCACUUUCAUUAAAGACUGGAGACACUGAGAGCAUGAACAACCCAGUCAGUAAAAUAAAACUUAAAGAGAUGUAUCAACACCUGAGAGUUGUACAGUGGCUUAAAAUGAGAGAUAAUCUGAAAUCAAACGAGGAGAAUAUAAAGUUUGCCAGCGCUUUACUUCAGAAAAUGUUUGAGGACUCAAGAAAACAAAUGGAGAAAAACAAGAGGCUGAUAGAGGAAAUGUGUGGGCUGAAUGAGAACAGUGAACAACAAACACCUCAGAAGGUUAGAGAAUACACACAAUUAACAAUUCAAAAUCUUCAGUUGGCUCUGUUCUAUAGCAGAAAAGAAGAUGUUAAGACUCCUUUUCCUGAAUAUAAAUGUGAAAACCCGCAGAGUGUGAUGGUGACUUUCAGACAUCUGGCUGCUGAAUGCUACUGGCUGGGCUGUUUGAUGGCUUUAAACAAUCCUCCUCUUGAACCUGACUGGGAGAAGUGUGGAGCUGGACCGGACUCUGGGGACAUUUUCCCACACGGCAUCAAGUCUGGCAAUGAAAUGGAGAGUGAGCCGAUGGAGCAGUGAAGUAGAGAAUCUGCCUGAUUCUCGAUGCUCAGCACUUUUGCUAUUGAUUUCAAAUAAUGCUAACAGAGCAAAAAAAAAAAAGGCUUAUUUGUUUUCUUGCUUGGAGUAAAAUGAGAAGAUAGAAAGGCUACCACUAUCUUGUCUGUAAAUAUUAGGUUUUUAGCAAGGAGACAUUUAGCUUACUUUAGCUUAAAGACUUGAAAUGGGGAAACAGCUAGCUUGGUCAAAGGUAACAAAGCCUGGCUACUAGCAUGUCAUAAGCUCACUAGCUAACAUGCUGUAACUUCAUAUUUGUUUAAUUUGUCCAAAAACCAAAAUGUAAAAAGGAGAAGCUGCGGUUUUUAUUCAUUUCCCAAAGUCAAUACAGUGAGUUAUUUUUACACUUUGAGUUUUCUACCGAUUAAACAAGCUAGCUAGCUGCUUAAAAGCUAACAUCUUAGCUACAAUCCUGCAUUUUUACAUGGUGUACUUUGUACUGACAUUUUUUUUUUAACAUGCAGUGUCCCUCUCAAACAAAAAUAAUUAAAUAGAUAAAAAAAAACAACUUAUAAUUAAUUUAAACAAGUAAAUACUGGCUACAGACAUGAGAGUGGCAACUGACAGGAAGAAAGCAAAUGAGUAUAUUUCUUAAAAUCUUAAACGAUUCCUUUAACUAAAGCUUGAAAAAUUGUUUCAUAAAUUUAAUGUUACAAGAUUUUAUGUAAGCACAUGCUGCAUUUUCUGUCCAUAUG